AGAGCAUGGCUGCUUCUCCGUCUUCUUCUUGUUCUUGUUCUUCUUCUUCUUCUGCUCUUUCUCGUCGAACCUGUUUCCUCUUCGUUCGUCCUCUUCUUCUUCUCAUUUGCUUGUUAUCGUUCGUGAUUGCCACGCACGCUUUGCAAGAAACGUCAGAACUCAAAGGUGUUGGUCCAGGGGAUCCAAUUCUAAAUGUCAUCCUUGUUCCUCUUGUUGGGCAGCAAUCUGUUCAUGGGGUUAAGGAAGUAAUUUCAUGUGAGCGGGUUCAAAUUUCUGGUUAUUCAAGAACGGAAUUACGGAAGUAUGCCAAUUCUUUUAGGGUAAACUUAGCUCCUGCAGCAACAAUCCCAGAGAGGCUACAUGGUAAAAUUAAUGUUUGUUUUCACCGGAAUGCUUCACUUGGAUUGUGUGAGUGCAAGAAAGAUGAUUGGAAAACUCUUCACAAGGGGCUGUGGAGCACUGUCAUGUCGCCAUAUGAUAAAAGAUACGUUGAUGUGAAGUUCAGUGGUGAAUCAUCUGGUUCAGUUUCCUUCUCUGUUGAAGAAGAUUUUCAGCGAUGGCGUCUCAUCUGUCUCUUGAUUGGGUUCGUCUUGCUUUUGAUGGCGCCAAUCGUCAGCAGUUGGCUUCCUUUUUACUAUAGUAGUUCGAUGGCUGUCGGUGUUUUCCUGGUCAUUCUAAUUCUCCUUUUCCAGGGCAUGAAGUUAUUGCCUACUGGAAGAAAAAACUUCUUGUAUCUUACAUUAUAUGGAUCAGUGUUGGGGGCUGGAUCUUUUAUCCUACAUCAGUUCUCUGUGAUGGUGAACAUGAUUCUGGUCAAUUUUGGGCUGAGCGAGGACAUGUACAAUCCGGUUGCAGUACUCGUCUUUGUGGGAAUUGUCAUAGCGGGAGCUGCUUUAGGAUUCUGGACGGUGAGGAAAUUUGUGAUUUCAGCAGAUGGAGGUGUCGAUGCUAGUGUUGCCCAAUUUGUGAAAUGGGCAAUGCGUACUAUUGCCACUACAUUCAUUUUCCAGAGCACUCUUGAUACCCCUUUGGCGAUGGGAGCUUUAGUUUCAUGUAGCACCUUCUGCUUUCUCAUCAGCAAAAUAAUGCGUAAAAGGAAAAAUCUUGAAGAUCAGAUACAUUGGCAGCUCGUAUCUGCAAAGAAACCCACUAAACAUGGACGAGCUGAAUUUCUUAGCAGGUCGUCUCAACCAACCCCCGGAAGAAGUCUAUGGAACAAUCAGAGGAAUGUACCUUUGAUCUCCGGCUCUCCUGCCAGAGGUAUGAUGAUCUCACCGUCAUCCUCUGCGAGAAGACGGAGAACAGUCCAGAAGGAUUUCUACUCGACAUACCACAGGACACCAAACCGGAAGAAGUUCACAAAGAAAGAGUGGGAAGAGUUCACACGCGAGUCAACCCGCCUAGCCAUGGCGGGACUUGCAUCUUCCCCUGAAUUCACAGAUUGGAUCAUUGAGCAUGCUGACCGGAUCCAGCUUCUGCCCGGCGAAAGCUCUGAAGAGAUAAUGGGAAGUGAAUCAGAUUCGACUGGAGAUGAUGUUGUUGAGCAGUGGAACCACUUCGGCUUGUAGAGCUGGUAAGAGCCUUCGUCUACAUUUACAUGGGUUCUCUCUUAUCAUGACCUCGGCAUAGAUAUAUCGUUUUUUAGUAGGUCGAAAGGUUUAAGAUUAUUAUUGAAAGAAGGGUCAAAUGGGUUUGUAUACCACGCUUUCCACAUCUAGCAUAAUCUGAGUUGAAUUUGAAGUGGGUUCAGGACGGAUUAGGGAUUAAAGGUUUAGAGUUUAGCCAUUUAGGGUUUAAGGGAUGCGUUCAAAGGUUCUUUAUUCAUGCAUUUUUUCCCCCUUUCUGCACUCAAUUUUGGUGGUUGGUGCAUUUGGUUCUCUAGUUUUGUCUACUCACUUCCGGCCCCUUAGAUCCGAGAAACGUGGAUUCCAUGAGUUCGGGUUCGUAACUUGAUUGAGAUUAUAGUAGACCGAUUA